CGGGCACUGCUGCUGACCCCUGACGUGAGGCUGCAGGAUUGCAAACAUGGCGGAGCCCUCUCUUGGGAACACGAGCCCAGGAGGGUCAGCAGGUUCAGACGACCAUGAUUUCGACCCUUCGGCCGACAUGCUUGUUCACGAGUUUGAUGACGAGCGCACACUGGAGGAAGAAGAAAUAAUGGAGGCUUCAGACGACACAAACAUCAAUGAGAUUGAGGACCUGGCGCGUGAAGGAGAAAUGCCUAUUCAUGAGCUUCUAAGUCUCUACGGCUACGGCGGCGGUUCUCCUGCGGAUGAUGAAGAGGAGGAGGAAGAGGAAGAAGAAGAAGAACCAGAAGAGGAUGAGGACGAUGACGACGAAGAGGAUGAAGCAGAUGAGAUGGACAAUGAUGAAAGUAGCAGAAGUACAGGGGAGCUGAAAAGAAAUGAGGUGAAAGGAGUGCAUAACUCAUCUGCCCAGGAUGAGCACGCCAAGGCCACCACUGAAGUGCGCACGCGCCCGGUUCGGUCUCUCGGUACAGCCGAACUUAUACGGCCGCAGAGACUCAAAUACUUUGAAAGUAAUAAUGAUGCAGAGGAGGAGUCGGAUGAAGAUGAGGAUUAUGUUCCAUCUGAAGACUGGAAAAAGGAAAUCAUGGUGGGGUCAAUGUAUCAAGCAGAAACACCAGCUGGCCUAUGUAAAUACAAAGAAAAUGAAAAAGUCUAUGAGAACGAUGACCAGCUGCUGUGGAACCCCGAGUGUCUUCCUGAAGACAAAGUGGUGGAGUUUCUGACCGAGGCGUCCAGAAGAACGGGAGAGGAGAAAGGGGUGGACGCGAUCCCAGAGGGGUCCCACAUCAAAGACAACGAACAGGCUUUAUAUGAACUAGUGAAGUGUGAUUUUGACACAGAAGAAGCUUUAAGAAGGUUGAGGUUCAACGUGAAGGCAGCCCGAGAGGAGCUGUCGGUUUGGACGGAGGAAGAAUGUAGAAACUUUGAGCACGGGCUCAAAGCUUAUGGCAAAGACUUUCAUUUAAUACAGGCCAACAAGGUGAGAACUAGGUCUGUAGGAGAUUGUGUGGCCUUUUAUUACAUGUGGAAGAAGUCUGAGCGUUAUGAUUUCUUUGCACAGCAAACCAGACUCGGCAAAAGGAAAUACAACCUUCACCCCGGUGUAACAGAUUACAUGGACCGACUGCUGGACGAGACGGAGAGCACGACGUCCAGCAGGGCGGCGUCGCCCCCUCCUACUGCGUCCAGCAGCAGUGCCAGCCAGUCAGAGCGAGAAGACGGGAGCAGUCAGAACGGCAUCACGGCACACAACUCCAGCCACCCAGCAGAAGCUCCUCCACCAGCUCCAGCCAUCCAAGUCAAAUUGGAGCCGGUCCAGUCCAACGGUCCGUCUCAUCCACCAGCAGAAGCUCCGCCCCCCGUCACAGACAACAACUCCAACGGCUGCAGUAAACCCAGCACUCCCAGUCACGACACCAACGGCCUGCCGGAGCCCACCGUCGACCACAAAGACACCACCCUGACGCCGGAAAGGCCCGCAAAGAAGUGCAGGCUGGAGGAGGCGGCGGCGGCUCCCAGCGAGGUGGAACCUUCCAGAACACAGGAGAACUGAUCCAGAACUGUGGUGUGGGUCACCGAAGAAUUAGGCUUUAAACUUCCCAGAGCAGAGACUCUGAAAGAAAAAAAGGUUCACGGACAGAAGUCGUCCUCCAGGAGGGGGCAGUAGCGAUCCACACCUCUCCACCCAAGUUUCUACAUGACCUUCUGACCUUCGUCUUUAUUCCUUUUUUUUCGGAGAACUGAAAUUUUGCCAAGAGUCUCUUUUUUUCCUAUUUGUACUCAAAGAAAAUAAAUUUCCAUUAAUAUUUUUUUACAGAACAGAUAUUUAUAUUUUUUAACAAGAUGUGUAUUUGCUGUUGAGGAAGUUUUAACGUGCUCAAGUUGUCCCAAAAAAAAAAAAAAAAACAAAACAGAAAAAAACCCAGGAGGAAACCGGCGAACAGACCAGAACACUUUAGUUGCACUUUGAUUGUAGGUUUGUCGUGGCACCGGAGUUCUGACGUGAGCCGACCUCCGCCUGCAUCGCCCUCACCAUCGUUCAGUCCCAAACUAAAUGAACCCAGGCUCGCCCCCUGCCGGUUUGUUUGUGUAAAGCAGCUGACAUCAGUGAUGUCCUGUACCGUAACUGAUGUAGAAGAUUGUUGUAUUUUUGCAUUCUCGAGUGAUGCGUUGCUUUCUACUAGACCGAAUGUCCGACCUUUAAUGUUUGUAUAGAUUUGACUUGCCGCAGUUGUUCGGGAUGACGGUCUCCAUUAUUUUUCGGGUCUUCCUUGUGAGCUGUACCAUUUGUUGCUUAGUUGUUUGUAAUGAAACGUAGCCAUUCCCGGUCGCCCUCAGCGGUCGCUCUCCCGGCCUGGCCGUCCUCGGUGCCGCCACCUAGUGACCUCCUGCUCAGACUGAGGCGACCCGUACUUUCAUUUCCUUCAGUUUUUUUUGUUUUCGUUCCUCCCAAUCACAACAUUAGAAGUGUAUUCCAAAAAUGACCGUGAGUGGAAUAACGUUGGCUAUAUUUAAUAAAUGUAUUAUUGAAUGGAAGUGGACAUUCGUUCCUGAAAUCAUUGACUAAAAAAAAA